UGUGAUGUCAUCAGACCGCGACAAACCGAACCGAACGCCUCCACUCUUUCAAUGUGAUGAAACCGCCUGUAACGUUCAUAUUCUGAGAUACUUAAACAUCAGCUGUCAUGUCUGUUUUACGCACAUGCUGUGUUAUUUUGCGUUCAUCGGAUUCUCCGUGGACGAUGCCGACGCUCCGCCGGUUGUCUCGUUGUUAUCACAGUGCUGUGUUUACCUGUCGCCCGACGACCGCCGCGGCCAGGACGGGUCUCCUCUCCUCACGGGACCAGCGCACUUCUCACAUUUUGUCACCUGCUUGCAGGAGCCUCAGUAGUUAUAGAGGAUUCUCAACUUCGCCGAGUAUCAGAGAUGGAGCCGUUGGAAAGAUCGAGUCAAAACAUUAUCAACUCGUUUACACCUGCAAGGUUUGCUCUACCAGGUCCAAGCAGACGAUUUCCAAGCAGGCGUAUCAUAAAGGCGUUGUGAUAGUGACGUGUCCAGGGUGCAAGAAUCACCACAUCAUCGCUGACAACCUCGGCUGGUUCUCGGACCUGGAAGGGAAGAGAAACAUUGAGGAAAUCCUUGCGGCCAAAGGAGAGACAGUGAGGAGGGUUGAAGGAAGUGCUGCUCUGGAGAUAGUUUUGGAUGAAUCCUGGAAAGACAAGUCACAACGUGCUGAAGACACAGAGAAAUCGGACAGUGACCCAGAAAAACAAUAAUACUGUGUUUGUACUGUGUAUAUUUAUAUCAAGAUGUGUAUAUUUAAUUUCAUAAUAAAUACAAAUGAAUCGAUAA